AUGAAAUUCAUUAUCAUGGUGAAUAUAUCACUGAUAUUAUGCUUAUUAAUUCAAUAUGGUGCAUCAAAAGAAUGUCGGUGUUAUUGUUGUCCUUCUGGUGGGUGUGCAAUUAAUUAUGUUGGUUCCUAUGACGUUGACAGGAGGUGUGUAGGCUGUGCACCAUCUGGAUGUGAAAGGAAAUAUCCAGCAGAAUGGAAAAUCAAAGACGUUGUUGAGAAGACAGAUGGAGAUGAAUUAACAUCUAAAGCAUCUUCUGAAGAUGACAAAACAACAACAAAAUAUUUGAAUCAAUCAUCCAGUGAUCGUCAGCCUUUCGUCAAAGGUCUUAAACCAAAACAAACCAAAGACGAAGUCAAAUUAAUUGUUGUGUCAAGACCUUGUGGAUAA